UUCAAGUGUACUUCCCGGCAAACCAAUACAUGUAUACAGUUCCAGCUGAUUUCCCUCUCAACCGGACUAUAGCGCGGGUAUUGGCGUUAACUCGUCACGCGGUCAACGGCGUGCGCGCGGACAUCAGAUACAGCAUCCGUCAUGACCAUCAUCGAAUCACGCUUGACGACGGAGUUGCCAAUUUUGAUAAGAACUUCAGGAUUGAUCCAAAUACUGGGAGUUUUUCAAUGAUCAAUAAUAUUACAGGGAAUGAUAUCAGAAUACCAAUCCGAGCCAGUGGUCAUCAUUGCGGUAGGGUUAGUGAGGGAAGCACAUGGAUUCGUCUUAAAGUGCGUCACAAGGUCCCAUCGUGCAUGUGUAAGAUAAGUUCUGCCUUGCACGUCCACGAGUCGCAGUUCCCAACGCAAUCCAUUGCAUUUUUACAUCAAUCUGUUGGUAGCGUUGAUGGUGGUGAGACAACGAGAUUCGAUAUCAUAUCAGCACACCCAAGCAGCAUUUUUCACAUCAACAACACAUCUGGAGAAAUAAGCAUACGCACGUUCACCUUGAUCCACACGAACCAAACAACGGGCCAUAUCACGGUAAGGUGUCAGAGGUUCAGGGAAAAUGGAGAAAUCCUGAAAGGGAAUACUCAGAAUAUAACUCUCAACAUCGACGCUUCUUACAACACGACGGUUCAAGAGAGAUUGAUGUAUAAAAGAAUCAAGGGAGAUGAAGUAUUUAAUUACACAGUGCCUCAGCACCAGUACCGCCCAUGGAUGAGGCAUGCAGAAGUUUCCUUGCUCGGCGAUGAGGUGGCUAGAGAAACAUUUGGAGUAAAAAAAGUGAUACCAGUUGGACAAGAUGCGCUAGGAAAUGCUGCUGUAGAGAUAUAUUUAUUACGAAGUAUUCUACGGGAUCUCUCUGGCUCCGUUGCGCUCAUCGUUCGGAUUAACGAGUAUGGGUGUGGUCGACGUGGCAAUGAAACCAUCAAAGGUGGACGAACACUGGACAUCGCUUUUAAUGUCACAAUCUGGCCAAUGGUCAAUUACGAGAGCAUCGUGUAUAGUAACAUCACGGCGGGAAGUCCGAUUGCAGACCUUUCAAGUUUAGUUUUGGCGUUGAAACGCCCUCUACCAGCGGUCAACGGUGAAUACUGGCACUCUAUCUUUGAGAUGGAAGAAACAAUGGAAAUUGUUUACGUCACAAACAGAACUGCAUUGAAAAUUAUCGCACCACGCGUUAUCACUCUGUAUGUUGAGUACGGAUCUGCUAGUGAUAUUCUCGAUGCUGGAAUUAUCAUUAAUCUGACUAUCACUAUAGAAAAGACAGAAUUACAAAGUUGUAGGCUUGUUGACAGUUGUUCCCGCUUGCGCAAUCGUGCCGAUUGUUUGACCCACUGUGGUGCAGGUUCAAUACAUGACCAUUGUUCAUGGAGGGCUGAUGGAUUGAGACGAGCUAUGUCCACAGUGUAUGCAACAUGUACCCCUAAUAUCAACACCUGUCCUGAUAACAGAUGCGAUCCACUGGAAAUGGAACAUCGAAAUGAUAUAUGCCCUCAAGACUGUACAUUGAGAACGAGCGGUUUUCGUAGACCACUCAACAAGAGCCUACCUGGUAUCCAGGUAGCCAUUGGACCAUGCUGGUGUGACGCUGGAGGCAGAUGUACGUGUAUGGGAGCUGAUGCAAGGCAACCACAUCCCGAUCCGAAACCAGGACCUACUCUCCCUAUUGUCAGGUUUCCAAUUACUACUACUACAGAACCGGUCGAAAUACACCCAGAUCCAGAAGAUGAGAUGUGUGGUCCCGAAUGCUACCUCGGAGUUUCUGCAGGAGUGUUUCUGACUAUCCUUGUUACAACCAUCCUGGCGAUACGCAAGAGAAGGGAGAGACUCCACCAGCGUCGGGCCUAUACUUCCAGUAUCUUCAAGCCCCCGCUUGAUGCCCCAAGUACGGCUCGUGGUAGCAUGGUCCUGACUGACUAUGCAGACGAAAUAACUUCAGGAAGGUCUUUUGGAUUCAGAAGCAGAUUUGAACACGACUCUAAAUGGGAGUUUCCUCGGGACAAGUUGUUAUUGGAGGAUGAACUUGGCGAAGGUCACUUUGGAAGGGUGGUGCGUGCGCAAGCAUUAAGUAUACGAGGUCAUACAGGUUACACUACGGUGGCUGUCAAGAUGUUAAAAAGGGAUACUGCCACCAGUUCUGAACUGCAAGAUUUGCUUACAGAAUUAGAACUACUCAAACUGCUCAAUCAUCCAAAUGUUAUUCGACUUCUUGGUGCUUGCAUUCCAAAAGAUCCCUUUGACAUGUGUGUGAUUGUUGAAUACUGCAAACACGGGUGUCUUCGGGAGUUCCUUCGGCAAAACAGAAAGAGGGCGCUAUAUACUGAAUACAUCUCAUCAGACCAAUCGUCAAGUAUCCCAGGACUUUCACGAGGAAAAAAUGUAAUCAAACGUUUUGAUAUUGGGUUCAAAGAAAUUGCAUCAUUCGCUUGGCAGAUAUGCAAAGGGAUGCAUUAUUUAUCCUCACUUAAGGUUGUACAUCGUGAUUUAGCAGCUCGUAACAUCCUUGUAGCAGAAGGUCUUCUUAUGAAGAUAUCUGAUUUUGGUCUCACUCGGGAUGUUUAUGAAAGAGGGCUAUACGAAAGACAAAGCAAGUCACUACUUCCGGUUAAAUGGAUGGCAGUAGAAGCUCUGUACGAUAAUAUUUUUACUGUGAAAAGUGACGUAUGGUCAUUUGGUAUUUUAUUAUGGGAGAUCAUAACUAUGGGUGCUAUUCCAUAUCCCGGGGUUACUGCAGAGAGAUUAUGUCAGCUACUUCGUGAAGGAUACAGAAUGGACAAGCCGGCAGAGUGUUCAGAUGAAUUAUAUACAAUAAUGAAGCACUGUUGGUUAGACGAUCCACGCGAACGACCUUCAUUUGAAGAGCUUGGUUUUCAGUUCGAGAAAAUGCUGGAAGAAACAAUGGAAUACCUUGAUCUGUCGGACAUCAAUGGAGACCUUUCAUCGGAAGACGAAAACGAAGACAACGUGGAGUGCCACAAGGAACAGUGUUGUCUCCUACGGAAAAACAGAGAUGGUGAGAAGAGCUGUGACCCCCGAGGGAUAUCACACACUGCUACAUUAUGAUUUGAGCUCUACCGAGACAUCGCCCGAAGAGGAUAUAGCGCCCCCAAGCUAUGGAGAAAUCGCAACUUCUGGGGAGACUGACCCAACGCGACAGGUACUGAAGAAGAUACAGCCAACGGUGAAAGACCCCUCGCGUUCACACCAGAGUUCAGAGGCGAUAUACAGUACGAUUGAAGAGGCCGUUCACAUUGAGGCAGUGUAGAUUGAAAACACAUUCAUCUAAUGAUUUUGGAUGUUAACUCACUUUGUAGGAGAGGGGUUAGAACCUCACUACACCAGUGCCGACCGUACAGAAACGUUGUGAGCCUAGAUAACAGAGCGCUAACAAUAAUCUCAGUCACAUCUUACGGAUUGUUAAGUCAAAACAUUAAAUUCAAUGUUAAGCAAGACGUAACAGUCGCACUGGUGAGAAUCAUUACUUGUAAUGAAAAUACCACAACAACAACAACCAGAAACAAUCAUGACAAAAGUUUGAUCACGUGAUAAAUCUUCCUGCCAUAAAAAUCGGCAUCCAUUCAUGAUAAGUCGAAUUUCCAUUAUUCAUGGCCGUUGAACUUAUUACCAUCGAGUCAACGACUUCGACUCUGUAGCGCUGAGAAAUUAGACGUGAUCAGUCUGAAUUUACCAACUUACCUCAAUUGUGCCCUUGCAAGGUUGUGACGUCAAGAUUAUUUACUUACCAAAAAGCGAGAUCGAUAUGAAGAGAGACAAGGAUUGGAGGCGUAGGAAUCCGGAUUUAGAGACUUGUCAUUUGAAAGUUUAUUGUAAAAUAUCUGUCACAUUCAGCUGUUAUUUCACCAGAUUGCAUUUAACUUCUACAAACAAUAAAAUUGAGUCAUUUUUCAUUUGUGUAUCAUAUCAAACACAGAGAAAUCUUUCCCAUUUCAUUUCUUAAUUCUUUUACGCGAUUACAUUUUUGUGGAAAGGGAAUAUCAAUGUUUUCCUCAUAAUAAGAUAUCCGACAUUAUACACAACAUUACAAAUCAACGACGACGUGUAUAUAGAAGAAUUGCUGCUGUGACACGUUUAGUUCUUCAUUAGACAUAGGCCUAUAUGGUUAGGUAUUUGGGCUCAGAAAACAUGAGUGUCUGAAUUAAUAUAAUGGAUAGGUUUGGGUCUUUUUUUACUUAUUUUUUCGUCCUGGAAAAUAAUCAUCAUAUCAUUUUCAUUAAAAUAUAUGUUUGGAGUAGACGAAAAAAAAUAUGAAGACUUAUAAGCAGAAAAUGAUAUUAACCAUCUGUAAUUAGAAUAUGAACAUAGGGAUAAUGAUAUUUUCCCUGUUUGCCUGUUGGAAGUUUUUCUUCUUCGUUUUGAAUUAUAAAGUUGAUAUACAUGUCUUCAUUUACAAAUCCAGGAGCUAUAGAGAACUUAUACUCUUCUUAUUUUAUUCAUGAUAUUUAAUCUUAUGCACAUCUCGAAUGAUAUGGUGUCCGUUUUAGUUGAAUUGACAUAAUUUAUUUGCAGUGCUGUAAUGUGUCGUUUGCCAUUAUCAUACACAUAUCUUCCUAUAUUUCUUUGCAAAGAAAUAAUUAGGAAAUAUAGGCCAUGGGACGAAUGGACAUAAGAAGAAAAGGUGUGUAUUCAUGCCCGUAAGUUGUCAAUGUAAAGCGAGAUUGUAAUCAGCUUUAAAAAUACAUAUUGACGCUAAGAACUCGAGAUGUCAACACCACGUCUUGAGACAGAUCGAUCGAUUUCUACCGUUCUAUAUAAUCAUGAUUCUUCACCCCCCCCCCUCACUCCCUUUCUCUCUCUCUCCCCCUCUCUAUCACUCUCUCUCCCUUUCUCUUCCUCUAUUCAAUCCCUUCCUCGUUUGCUUUCUUCCUUUCUCUAAUAUUUUUUUCUUCUUCUCGCGCUCUCUGCUUCUUUUCUCUUACUUUAUAUCUGUUUCUCCGUAUAACAUGUAUCCCCCUCUCUUCCUCUCUCUCUCUCUUCCUCUCUCUCUCUCCCUCUCUCUCUCUCUCCCCCUCUCUAAUUAUCUCUCUCGUCCCUCCCCUAUCAUAAAUGAGAAGAAAUUAUAAUCCUCACAAUAAAUAAAUACCU